GUGUACUUAAGAUUAGUGCUUCUUUAAUGGUAAAAAUUAUUUUGCCAUGUUAGAAGACACGUUUUCGGAAGAAGACAUCUGGGAAUACAAAUCCAGAAGGAAACCAAAACCAGUACAUGCAAAUAACUGCCCUGAGAAUAUUCCAAAAUCUGUAGAAAAAGCAACAGAUGGAAAAUGCCAGUCAAAGCGUAACAGAAACAAAAGAAGAACUGUGGAAGCUAAAGAGAAGGCAGAGUGCCCUGAAGUGUGCAUCGGAGUAACAGGUAGCCAGACUUCUAUAGUUUGUAGUCAGACUUCUGUCGUUUCUAGUCAGACUUCUAUAGUUUCUAGUCAGGAUUCCAGUUGUGGAGAUGGUACCCAGCAAUCUCAAGGCAAGACCACAGCAGGAAAGCACUGUAGGACUCACAAAACCAAACAGGUGUCUCCAAAGAUCCGUCCGGUGUAUGAUGGAUACUGCCCAAACUGCCAGAUGCCUUUUUCCGCGUUACUAGGUCAAACACCUCGAUGGCAUGUCUUUGAGUGUUUGGAUUCUCUGCCACUCUCUGAAACAGAGUGUCCCGAUGGUCUUCUGUGUACCUCGACAAUUCCUUCUCAUUACAAGAGAUACACUCACCUCCUGCUAGCUCAAAGCAGGGCUAGCAAUAGUCCUCUUAGCAGUCCAUCCCAUGGGGUAGGGGGUAGUUUCAGUGAGACUAACUCAGGCUUUCUUUGUAGCCUUGAGGAAAGAUGGUCUCAGGAUCAAAAACAAACUGAGAACUUUAAAAAUGUUCCAAUUGGUCCCUUGUUCGUGACACAGUGUCUAAAAAAAUCUCAGUCUCCAGCUGAAACCAAGAAAAAGAUUUCCUCUUCAACAACUAUCCCAACGUCCCAACAAGCUCCACAAGUAGCACAAUGUGUUAACGAUGACAAACUGGUAGGAGCUGGUUUGCUUCUCGCCGGAAGACUAGACAGCCAAAACAACUCAGAACACACCAAUUUGCCAUGGCCAGAAAAUGACUUGAGCGACUGUGAAAUCUCCUAUUCUCCUCUUCAAAGUGAUGAAGAAACUUACGAUACAGAUGAAAAGCUGGAUGAUGCACAACAGGAGCUGUUUUUUACAGAAAGCUCUAAAGGUGGCAGCCCAGAAGAAGAUGACAACGGCUGUACUUUGUUUAAAAAUGUCCACUGUCCCUUACUGAGGAAUCAGCAGGAGAGUGGCUCCGAAAUGAAUAGCUUCUUAACUCAAGAGAGAUACAAUGAAGAAUUGUAUACAUACGGCACUCUGAAUGAUUCAUCUCAACCUCUUUUCCCAAAUGAGGGGAUUAUUUUAUGUCAUGAUCCAGCAUAUACUGAUGAUGGUUUCUUCUUGUUUCCACCUGCAUUGGCAGGGGGACUUGCUUCUUCUAGUUGUCAGGCCACUGCAGCAAAACCUGAUGAGCCAGAAGUUCUCUCCUCUCCAUCAAAUAAACAAAAACAGAUAAUUGAAGAAUCAGCUGUUUACAAUCACAUUUCUCUUCCAUUACUUAAGAGUAAAAUGCCGAAAGCUUUUGAAAGCCAGGCCCGAGGAGGGUGUCUUUCUUUCCAUCCAACCCAAAGUAAAAUUAGAGAAUUACCAAGUAAGAACUUCAGUACUAAGAAUAAUGCUGACUCAGCAUGUUCCUGCAGAAAAGCAUUAGGUGGUAAGCGAGACAGUCAAGUUGCAGUGCUAAAUACAGAGACAUUUUCGAGGACAGCUACUUCGGCUAAGUCUUUGAACAUGUUGCCAUCUGGUUCUCAGUGUAAUGCAACACAGAGUUCUACGAAGGUAAUGAAGCAAAUGGAUAUAGGGGUGUAUUUUGGUCUACCACCUAAAAGAAAAGAAGAGAAACCGACGGGGGACAGUGCAUUAGAAGGCAUGAACUCAAAUCCAGGGGUAAGUCCUAAUAAAAAGAGGCCCAGGCAGUGCAAGAGGAAAGCAGAAAAUUCUUUAAGUGAUCCAGAAUUUGAUGCACAGAAUUUAAGUGAGAAUUGGCAAUCUGUGGAACCUUCUAGUAAGAGGGCACGGCAUCAAAGAAAGAGACUUAAAAAGUCAGACUCGCUACAGGAAGGAAUGCCUCAGACGAGGUCAGAUUACCUGAUUAAUAAGACCAAAGCUGGAGUCAAUUUAAGUAAAGACCAAGUUUUCAUAACGUCACCUUGUGGCAGGCUGCAGAGAGGCAACGCGAAAAGCCCACACUCCUCACCUGCAGGAGAGUUGAGAAAAAGGACGUGUCCAUUCUAUAAGAAAAUCCCUGGAACUGGCUUUACAGUUGAUGCCUUUCAGUACGGAGUGGUGGAAGGCUGCACAGCCUACUUUCUCACCCACUUUCAUUCUGAUCAUUAUGCUGGAUUGUCUAAAAACUUCACAUCCCCAGUUUAUUGUAGUGAGAUAACUGCCAAUUUGUUGAAGAACAAACUUCAUGUGGAAGAACAGUAUAUCCAUCCAUUACCAAUGGACACCGAAUGUAUAGUGAAUGGCGUCAAAGUUGUUUUGCUUGAUGCCAAUCACUGCCCAGGUGCUGUCAUGAUCCUCUUUUACCUUCCGAACGGUAACGUCGUCUUACACACCGGAGACUUCCGAGCGGAUCCCACCAUGGAACGUUCUCUUCUCGUGGGCCUGAAAGUCCACACGCUCUACUUAGAUACCACAUAUUGCAGCCCAGAAUACUGCUUUCCGUCUCAGCAGGAGGUUAUCCAGUUUGCCAUCAACACUGCCUUUGAGGCUGUAACUCUAAACCCACGUACUCUUGUUGUCUGUGGCACUUACUCUAUUGGAAAAGAGAAAGUCUUCCUAGCCAUUGCUGAUGUUAUAGGUUCAAAAGUGGGCAUGUCCCGAGAGAAAUAUAAAACCCUACAGUGCCUCAAUAUACCAGAAAUUAAUUCCCUCAUCACUACAGACAUGAGCGAUGCACUAGUUCACCUUCUCCCAAUGAUGCAAAUUAAUUUUAAGGGUUUACAGAGUCAUUUGAAGAAGUAUGAUGGGAGAUAUGAACAGAUUUUGGCUUUCCGACCUACAGGAUGGACACAUUCUAAUAAGUUAACGAGUAUGACAGAUGUCGUGCCCCAGACCAAAGGAAACAUUUCAAUAUAUGGAAUUCCUUAUAGUGAACACAGCAGCUACCUAGAAAUGAAACGUUUUGUUCAGUGGCUCAAGCCCCAGAAAAUCAUACCUACUGUGAAUGUUGGCACCUGGAAAUCUAGGCACACAAUGGAGGAAUAUUUUAAAGAAUGGAAAUUGGAAGCUGGAUAUUGAUGCUACCUCGAAGGACUCCAAAUUAGUUAAGUAACUUAGGUGUAGCAUGUGGGUAGUUAAAUCUUUAGUGAUAUGAAAUACACUUUAUGUGGAAAAACCUCGCAAAGGUCACUCAUAUGGCUUAUUUUCUUAUUUACAUUUGAAUAACUUGGUACUUAGUGCCUCAGCAUCCUCAGUGAUCACUGAGGCUGGUCUCCCUGAAACCCUGGAUCCUUGCCCCUCCCGGUGGGGGCAAUUAUGCUCUUCAUCCAGCCUUCACAGAGGAAAUAAAAGCAGAGUCUGGGACCAGAAAGAUUCAUUAUAAUGAACAAUUAGAUUGAAAACAUUAUCUAUAAGUAAUUAUUUGUCUUUAAAUUUAUUUAAUAUGGGGCAUAUUUUAUGAGAUAAAACUUUUAUAUCAUAUGUAUACUUAAAUAAAAAAUUAAUCUUAA